AUGUGGAUUCUGCCAUGUUUGGAGUGUCUGAUCCCUAAUGAAAAGAUGGUGGAGACUGUGAAAGGGCAGUCGAUGAGUCUGUUGCAGAGGUCGUCUGUACCCGCGAGCAGGCGUGACGGCAGGGACGGUAGCGGGGAGGCGGGGAGACAUGGCCGUGGACGGGGAAGUGGGGAGAUGGCCGUGACGGGGGGAAGCAAGGAAGAAAUGGCCGUGCGGGGAGCUGGGAGAGAUGGCGGCGUGACGGGGAUGAGCUGGCGAGCCAACAAGGGCUCGGAGAGUAAAUAUAGCUCCUGCUGGCGUUUAUCCAUCGAUAUGUUUGGAGUGGAAUACGAAGUCAAUGAAUUCAACCCGUUCCUGUCGAGUCAUCUAUCAGGCAAGCAGUUAGGGGAUCAGAACGCUGUGUGCGCAGUGUGCCGUGUACCCGAUCGUGCCAGCGAACAAAUGAUCCCUGCCUGGAACACAUGCCCUCCGAGUUGGUCACUAGAAUACCAUGGCUACCUCAUGUCGUCGCACAACAACCACAAGGGUCGGUCAACCUUCGUGUGCGUGGAUGAGGAUCCAGAGGUGAAUUCGUCGGGAGAUGGAAACGAGGACGGAGGUCUGUGGUUCCCCGUGGAGGCUAGAUGCGGGUCACUGCCAUGUCCAAACUACGUGAAUGGACGGGAGAUCACCUGUGCUGUCUGCACUAAGUAGUGCACAUAUUUCACUCACUGUAUCAUUCGUAACUCGGCUUGACGAUCUGGAUUAAUACGUACC